CGCUCGCUGCUGUCCCCGCCCGCUGCUGUCCCCGCCCGCCUCCGCCUCCAGCUCCGCCUGGGCGCUGGGAGCGGCGGCAACUUCCCCUCAAGUCUGUCCGGCGGCGGCGGCGGGGGGGGACGGGACUAUGCGACCCGGCUGAGCGCGGCCCGAGAGGGGCGGGCGGGGCGAGGACAGGCGGCGCCAGCAGCAGCAGCAGCAGCAGCCGCCCCGCCGCCGUAGCAGCCAGAGUCGCCCGGCAGCCGUCCGCCUCAGCCCCCUGCCCUCCCCCGGCCGGGGCAGGAGCCGCCCCGGCCGUCCCAUGUCCCGCAAGGCCAGCGACAAUGUGGAGUACACGCUGCGGAGCCUGAGCAACCUGAUGGGCGAGAAGCGGCGGCGGCAGGCGGACGGGUCCGCCGGCUCGGGCGCGGCGGCGGCGGCGGCGGGCGAGCGGAGCCUCAUCGCCGCCGAGUCGUGCUCCAGCCUCAACAGCGCGGCGUCGGGCGGCGAGCUGGAGCGGGCGGCGCGGCGGCAGUUCCAGCAGGACGAGACCCCCGGCUUCGUCUACGUGGUGUCGGUCUUCUCCGCCCUGGGGGGCUUCCUCUUCGGCUACGACACCGGCGUGGUGUCGGGGGCCCUGCUCCUCCUCAAGAGGGAGCUCAACCUGGACGCCCUUUGGCAGGAGCUGCUCGUCUCCAGCACGGUGGGCGCCGCCGCCCUCUCCGCCCUGGCCGGCGGCGUCCUCAACGGGCUGUGCGGCCGGCGGCCCUGCAUCCUGCUGGCCAGCGGCCUCUUCACGGCGGGGGCCGGCGUGCUGGCCGCCGCCCGCGACAAGGAGACCCUGCUGGGGGGACGCGUGGUGGUGGGGCUGGGCAUCGGUGUAGCAUCUAUGACUGUGCCAGUGUACAUCGCAGAAGUUGCUCCACCACACUUAAGAGGCAGAUUAGUCACCAUUAACACUCUGUUCAUCACUGGAGGGCAGUUUUUUGCAAGCGUCGUCGAUGGAAUCUUCAGCUACCUCGCAAAGGACGGAUGGAGGUACAUGCUGGGCCUGUCAGCUGUUCCGGCAGUUAUACAGUUUCUGGGAUUCCUGUUUCUUCCUGAAAGUCCCCGCUGGCUCAUUCAGAAAGGCCAGACUCAGAGAGCACGGAGAAUUCUGUCUCAAAUGCGUGGCAACCAGGCAAUCGAUGAGGAGUAUGACAGUAUCAAAAACAACAUUGAAGAAGAAGAAAAAGAAGUUGGAGCAGCUGGACCUGUGAUCUGCAGAAUGCUAACAUAUCCUCCAACUCGAAGAGCCUUAAUUGUGGGUUGUGGUCUGCAGAUGUUUCAACAACUGUCAGGGAUUAACACCGUCAUGUACUACAGUGCUACCAUUUUGCAGAUGUCAGGAGUUGAAGAUGACAGGCUUGCAAUCUGGCUGGCUGCACUGACAGCAUUUAUAAACUUCAUUUUUACUCUUGUGGGAGUCUGGCUCGUUGAAAGAAUGGGUCGCCGGAAACUUACACUUGGCAGCUUAACAGGUACUGCUGUAGCACUCAUUAUCCUAGCUUCGGGAUUUUUGCUAUCAGCUCAGGUCUCGCCAAGAAUCACACUUAAUCCACCAGAUCCUUCACAUCAAAACUCUACCUGCACAAAAUACAGUUAUUGUAAUGGUUGUAUGUUAGAUCCAGACUGUGGUCUCUGCUACAAAUUGAAUAAAUCAAGUGUUGUUGAGUCCUCAUGCAUUCCUGUUGAUAAAGAUUCUACAAUGAAAGCAGCUUGGGGCAGGUGUUCAAAUGAAACAGUAUUCAAAAAGGAAGACUUGUUUUGGGCAUACAAUUUCUGCCCCACUCCAUACUCUUGGACAGCACUUCUGGGCCUUAUUUUGUACUUGAUUUUCUUUGCACCUGGGAUGGGUCCCAUGCCCUGGACCGUCAAUUCUGAAAUUUACCCACUUUGGGCUAGAAGUACAGGAAACGCAUGUUCUUCUGGAGUCAACUGGGUUUUCAAUGUGCUCGUGUCACUGACAUUUCUGCAUACAGCUGAAUAUCUGACAUACUAUGGAGCCUUCUUCCUCUACGCAGGGUUUGCUGCCUUGGGACUGGUUUUCAUCUAUGGCUGCCUUCCUGAGACUAAAGGGAAAAAACUAGAGGAAAUUGAAUCUUUGUUUGAAAACAGGCUAUGUACAUGUGGUAUGUCAGAUUCUGAUGAAGGGAGGUAUAUCGAGUAUAUUCGGGUGAAGGGAAGUAAUUACCAUCUUUCUGACAAUGAUGCUUCUGAUGUGGAAUAAUUUUCAGCUGCUGAUGUAUUUAAUCAUUUAAAAGCCUUCUGGGGGAAAAGCAGCUCUGAUGACCUCACUGCCCUGCUUCUGGUCUGGUUCUCCUUUCUACUGUCUAGUUAAAAAUGCCUUCAUGUUCAAAACUGCUCCAUUUGAGAGGAAAUUCAAUAUGCUAGUGUUUUCUUGAUAACUAAAAGCAAUGGCUUCCAAAAGAGAUUGAAUUCCACAAUUAUGUGAAUUCACUGAGUGUCCGCGACACUGCACCGUCACGAGGUAUUUAGUAGGGUGCACUGUACCGGAUGAAUACAGAAGGCUAUCCUAGAUGGUCAGGGGUUGUCCUUAUCUUCAAUACUGAAAAAAGAUAAAAUAAAGAGUAGCUAAUCAGGAAGCAGCUGACAUCUGUUGGAUCCCCAUCCCACACACCCUAGGAAAUAGCUCUGCUGUGCAAUACAAUGAAUGACAAAUGCGUAAGCUGCUGUAAUGGUAGCUAUUUAAAAGGUUUAACUGAUUAGGAAAAUACAAACAUCUGCUAUAUCUAUCAGAGGGAACAUUUCCCAAAUUUACCCUAAGAGACUUUCCAUUUUUAUUUAUUUGCGAUAACAAGAAGAGAGCCACACUCACCUGGGUGGAGGUUCACAAGGGUGGCGUAUGUCUGUGUUACACCGGGUUAUCUAGGCACUGCUGCUCUUAAGUACACACUACAGUUGGGAGUUGGUGUUUGUGAAAGAAACUGCCAAAAUUAACUACCUGACAGCAGAAAACAGAGCUAAGUAUGUGACCGCACAUACAAAUGAACUGGUAUAUAUUGCUAGGUACAAUGUAGAGGCUUCAGUUAGUUGAAAAAUAAUUAUUUUUGUUUUCCUUUUUUGCAUUUGAACGUUUGGGUUUGUGCCUAGUUUUGAACACAAAAUAUCAUUAGCUAAAAGAAAGAAAAGGAGGGGAGAGGUUUUGUGCUGCUAAAUGCACAGUGGUUGUCCCUCCUGCACCUUUUGCUCAUGAAUAAUCAUAUUGCCUUCAGUUUAUCUUCAUAUGUGCAGAGUAAAUGAAUCCCAGCACAUUAUUCCUUCAAAUGCCCUUAGUCAACCAGUGUCUUGCUGGAUCUAAAGAGAAAUAUUAGCAAUGGGCAGAAGCCUACAUCUCAUAUUAACUGCCUUAGCGAAGCAUUGCAAAAUUGUCAAGAAAAUGUCAGGCACAAAAAUCAACUUGGCUGCCUUUAGCAUAGUAAUGAAAAUAUGAAUGGUAUUUUAUUCACCUUCCAUGAUUGCUUGCCUUAGCAAAUUGAAUUUUAUGCAGCUACAUAAAAAUAUUAUGGUUUUUUUUUUCCUUGCCCUGUCCUCACUGCUUUAAGUCUUCAGAGAUACGAGUUUGAAAGCAUCAACAAUUCAAAUUCUUAUCUUUGAAACAUUUGCUUCAUGAAAGAAUGUGGAAAACCUCCUCUGCCUGUGGGCUGCCCCCCAUUUAUUUGGUAAAAAUACAUUUAUUUUUCAUUGUGUAAGAUUAAAAGAAGUUGUUGGGUUCAUUAGCUUUUAUAGAUUGGCUUUGUGGGCUUUUCUUGAGUUGAAAAAUACUUUUAAUGUAGUAUUACUAUCAAAACUGAGACUGGACAUUUGUUACUAAAUUAUUUUUAUUGGAUAAUGUGGGGUUUUGUUGUUGUAAGUAAGUCUGACAUUAUGUUAUCUGAUCUUCUGUGGCGGGGAGUUCUUACUCUCCAAUUAUUGACCUUCAGCCAUUGGGUGUAUUUUGCGUUAUUUUCUUUUUUACAUCAUUAGUCAAAGAAAUAUUUUUGGAAAGAAGAUAUUUUAAACCAUCCUUCUGUGACUUGACUGGGACUAAAAGGGGAAAGCAUAGCAGACAGAGGGAAUUUCAAACUGAUCAUUGCGAAGAGUGGCUCGACCUUGAACAUCGACCUUGCGCAGUGAGAGGGCUGGAUUUUCACGCCUUCCAUCUUGCCUCCCCUUUAAGCGCACAAUAUUUUUAUGCUUGAAAGCACCAGCUGUUGAAAAUGCUCAGGUCUCCAGGCCUAUCUACAAAUGCACCCUCAGCGGGAUGUCUCCAUUAGGCUGUCACCUCUUUGAAACCUUCACCGAAGGUGCAGUACCUGAAAUGAUAAAAAGGGAUACUUGGCACAGACAAGAACAAAAUAGUUUUAAGGACAAAUUGGUUUCUUCCUGAAGCCAAAAAAUGUGUGUUCAAAGACCCUUAUUUGGAACAGUUUCAUUACCCAGAACAGCGUGUGAAUAGGUGUGUAGCGCCCAACCUGUUCUUACGUGGUUGAUAGGUUUAAGUGGGUAUCUACUGGCUUUUGAGACUAGGGACUUAUGGUUCUGAUCCUCCCAAAAGCAUAAGCCCACACUCACCAUUACACCUAUGAACGUUCCCUUGCUGGAUGUGUUUUGCUGGAGCAGGGUGUAAGCCAGGGAGGGUGUCCCUGCACCGGCACAGUGUCAGUGCUGACCUCGCGCUUGUGUCCACAGGCAGAGAAAACCGCUGCUUUUAUGGGGUAUAACCAAAGCAGAGUCACUGGAAAGAUUGCUGUCACAAGAUCAGCCUCUUCUGUUUUGCAGGUAGUGCUGGGGCUUUUUAGCAGCAGAAGACCAUCUCUCUCUGCCAGCCUUGUUUCACGGACGUUCUCAGAAGUGGCGCUCAGUUGCAUACAGCACUGGGCUCGUUUUCUCACACAAGUUCGAUCUUACUGAAAGCAGUUUUGUGAAGGUUUGCAUCCCAUGCGCUUUUUCUCGAGGCAAAACGAUUUAAAUACACACCUUUUAUUCAUCAUUGCUGCUGGCUAUGAGGGUGCAAAAUAUACCAGCUUCUUUAUUGUCACUCCCCCUUUCCUACCUGCAGAGUUGGGUUUAAGUCUUCCUUUUAGGGUUGCUUUACACCAAGACAACAUUCCGUACCUUAGAAAUACUGAACCUAGUACCAAGCAUCACGUGUAAUAAAAAUGAGAUCAAAUACUUGAAAUUAGUCUUACGCAAUUAGGGUUUUAUUUUUAGAAUUUGUGAACAUUUAUAGUGUAUGAAGAAAAUUAAAUAAAUGUUUCUAUUUUGAAAAGAUUUUUUAUAUUUGUGCAUAUUUUAAGUUUUAAGAGAUUUUUGCUAAAGGUAGGCUUAGUAACAUUCCAGAUAAAAGCAUAAAAAUACAGUGUAGCUGAAUAAUUUCUUAUGACAGGAUUUUAAUUUAUGAAGUAGCAUAAAUAGUAUGUCUAAGCACAAUAUCGUUUUAUUGAAAGCUUUCUGCAGAAGAUGUGAAAUCAUUUCUUCACAAGGACUGCACACUUAAUUCAGGUAUUCUGUGCAUCAGGAAUGCUAGAGUAAUUCUGCUGGUAGAGCUGGGCAUAUUGAUUAUACACAACAACUUGAGAUAUUUUAAUUCUGAUUAAUCUACUGACUCUACAUGUUGUGAUCUAACAGCUGGUAUGAAAGAAACAAGUCCUGAUGCAUUUUUAAUCUUUUUAAAUUUAAUUCACAUUAAUUCACAUACAGUAGUUUGUUCACCAUGUUGAAAUUCAAAAGUGUUGGGGGGGUUGAGAUAAUUUGCCACUUGUUUCUUCCCCUUGUCACUUUGUUGAUCAAAAUCAUUUUUUAACAAGAGAAGCAAACCUGUUUUGAAAAUAGACAUAGAAACAAAGUAAGGCCCCAGGACGCAUUUGGAGGGCUGAAGUUGCAUUGCUACGCGUGCACCUUGGAUCUCUCUCACAGAUGUUGCUACCAUGUGAAUUGCAGUGACAGCCAUGUCAGAAAUUUUGGGACAAGAGAGGAUACAUCCCAAGGAUCAUUGUUCCAAUGCCAACUUAGUUUUGCAUGAGUUGGUAAAUGCAGCAUUUCACUGGUGUAGGAGUUACGGUUGAGAGGGGAGAAGAAAGAAAUGAUGCAUCAAAAGCCCCACGAAGUCAUGUUUCAGUAGAGAUGGGUGUUGUAGCCAAAAGGAGCAGUCUCUGAGUUGUCUCCCAUGUGGGAGGAGGAUGGUGGGACCAAGGGACUGUGCUUGGUCCUGUGGAUGGGAACGGGGGGGCUGGCAGACUAAGGGGCAAGAAGCACACCAGUGCUCCUCUCCCAUGCCUAUGUGGAGGUGAGAACAUGGCAACGGAGUUUGCAAAGCUAGUACUUUUUUCCUUGGUGAAAUCUCUUUUGCUCUUCUUAGUCACUUGGGUUGAGCACUGGGGAGAAGUUUUGACUUUCAGGGGCUGCUACAGGCCCUGAGCAAGGGUCUUUCCUUCGGCCAUGAGGGUGCUGGUGCAGUCCCACAGGCACGCAGUGGGCUAGUGGAAGAUAGACACUGUACUUCUCAGCUUUAUAUCCAGCUUUCUACUUCUGAAUGUCAGCGCUCUUCUAACAUGGUCUUCUUGAAAUUUACUUGUACUUGCAUAAGAGGCUUUGUUAGCUGAACAUCACUACAUGAGAAAGAGGCAGAGUCUUCACAGCACAGAGAGAUCUCGGGGUAGAAGUUAAGGCAGAAUAGACAGUUCUGCAAAGCACUUUAAAGAGUAAGAUAUUUGUGCACUUUUUUUCUGAAAGAGUCAAGCUAACCAAACCCAUUCCUCUGCAUUGGGAAGAAAAUCGAGCUUUGUGUACCAGGCCAGAAGCAGAUAAUGCCACAAUAUGUGCUUUAUGGCAAAAUGUGUUUUUAUUGCGGGUAACAUUUACAGCUUACAUGUAGCUGCUGCCUAUAAAGUGACUCAGUCGUUCUCUGGAUUUUAACAAGUCACAUUUUUGUGCAAAAAUCUUAGUGGUUUUCUAUCGAUCCUCAUCGCCUUGUGUACAGUACAGUAAGCGUAAUCCACAAAGUGGUCUAGGUUGUGGCAGUGUUACAAAUGUCAGCACAGUAAAAUCUAGGUGAACAUUGUUAAAGAAAUAUUGUUGUUUGUGAUACUGGGGGUUAAAACUCCUUAAAGACAACUAUAUAUAGAUUUUAAAAGUCUGAAAAAAAUGGCAGUUCUUAUCUAUUUUGUGUAUGUUUUCAUAUAGAGAAGGAGUUUUUUAUGUGCCAAUAACCAUCACUGUAGUGUUUUGUAAAUGGGUGUUAAUAGUGUUCCAGAGUUCCGUAUAUGAGAAUAUACUUUAGCCACAAUGACCUGUUAGUGUGAACCAGCGGCAUGUUUUUAAUCUUACUUGCACCUCUCAGCAGAGGUGCUCACUCGUCAGCUUCAGUAGAGCUCAAUCACACCAGGGGAAGCUUGGCCAGCAUCAGGCCUCAAGAAUACAGAUUUCAUCUAAAUCCCCACUUUUUCACAUUGUCCCUAGACAGUAUGUUACAUGUGAAUGAUCUGGCACGUGUAAUUGUAAAGCUUCAACUCUGGUUCAGUUACACUCCUCGAUUCUGUUGAGAUACAGUUUGUCAAAAUUUGCUUUGGCCUUUCAUCGCAUUUAUAUAAAUAAGGGGCACACGGAUUAAUUAUGAAUAUCGUCCGCCUAUUUCUAAAGGAAACAUCAGUUUCUGAAGUGUUAAAGUAAAGGCAAAUUUCUCUUGCUGCCUUAAAUAUUACACAGACUUUGGAGAGGACUGAAUGUAUGACCAUCAUCGUGACUUCUUCAGGAGAAACUUCAUGGAUCCUCAGCAGGUGUGAAACAGGAUGGUUUCGUGGUGCUGGGAUGCUGUGUUACACUGCAGGCCCUGCCUAGUACACACCUGUCAUCUGUUUGAUUUUAGGUGUUCGAGUAGUCCCCAUGAAAUCGAUAGGAUUAUUCAUAUGCUUGAUAUUCUCCAUGUGCUCAGUGUCCUGCUGGUCCAGGGCAUCGCUGGGAAGUGGCAAGAGUCACAUCUCCGCUUUCCAUCGUGAAUCUCACACCCCUACAAAACCGUUAACCAGAUCUUUCUGUGACAAAUUCUAUGUAGAAUAUUUGCAACAUUAUUGGAGACCAAAUUGAUAGAAACAAUUCCAUGUUGAAUAAUAACAUGCAUAUGGCGCCAUCAGGCAUACUGUAAUCCCUGGGUGCGUGUUACGGUAUUCAAUACAAAACAGGUUUUGGCAAAACUAAUUGUUGGGUUGUCCAAGUUAUUUCUUAACCAUGUCAAAUGUGCCAUUUCCUUUUGCAACCAGUCAAGCCUAUAAUGUAUGAAAGUGUUGUACAUUUUCUGAAACUUAAGUGAUGUAAAAUUAUUUAAUUGACUUCUGUUCUGAUUGCUUUAAUGAAGUUUGGUCUUUACAUAAAAAUAAAUAUCUUCAAAGAAUUGUCAGUGCCAGAAGUGUAAAUGAACAAAAUAAAAGGUGAGAUACUUAA